AUGUCCGGCCAGCUCCUGGGUUUAUUUUCAUCGACGACAUCAAUAAAAUGUUGUGAUAUAUCGGUCAGUGAUCUAAAAGUUGAAUAUCUGGUCAAUCCGUUAGCAGUGGACAUACCCGGGCCGCGUCUACAAUGGCUACUCCAGGCCAUUGACCAUCGGAAACAUAAUUUAUGGCAAUCGGCUUAUCAGAUACUGGUUGCUACCGAUACGGAAACUUUAUUACAGAAAAAUACGGGUAAUCUAUGGGACAGUGGAAAAGUCGUAAGCAAUCAAUCAAAUCAUAUUGAAUAUAAGGGACGACCACUUAGUGCCGGUCAGUUAGCCUACUGGAUGGUUAAGGUAUGGGAUCAGGACUCCCGAGAGUCUAACUACAGUACAAUUGCCUAUUGGGGUAACGGUUUGGGUAGCGGUAGUGGUGGUGGUGGUAGUCAAUGGUCCGGUCAAUGGAUUUCGGCACCCAAUGGUCUACAACAGGAGGCGCUCAAACAGUUGGCAGAUAUCGAUAAAAAAGUAGUACAAGAUCACCAAGGUUUACUACCGAUGCUCUAUAUGCGUAAACAGUUUAGUUUGGGACAGUCAGUAUCAUCAUCAUCAUUGUCGUCAAGGGGUAGUCGUAAAGUCAAACGCGCUAUACUGUACGCUACAGCACAGGGAGUCUAUAAAGUUUGGAUUAACAAUAAACUGGUAGCCGAUCAUCAGCUAAGUCCCGGUUGGACUGACUAUUUGAAAACCUAUAACUAUCAGUCCUAUGAUGUAACUGAGCUGCUGCUGACCAAUGCCAGUACUACUACUGAUAAUACUAUAGGUGUCCUAUUGGGCACCGGCUGGUACAGUGGCUAUAUUGGAUUGCAAAAAAAUUACGCCCACUAUGGCCGACAACAAUCGUUUUGGACGGAACUACAUGUCCAGUAUGACAGUGGGGACAGGGAGGAUGAAAUUAUUAUCAAAUCAGAUCAAUCAUGGAAAGUAGGUACCGGUUCUCUGAUGUACUCGGAUAUGCUUCACGGACAGCUGUACUAUGAGCACCUGGAGCCAAAAAAUUGGCGAUCAACUGGGUUUGAUGAUAGCAAAUGGCCCGAAGUAGUUGCCCGGCCAGUAGACGAUAGUAAACAUUUAGCACUGUUAGCCGAUCCGGGUGUACCCAUCAGGGUAAUUGAGGAACUGAUACCAGUAGCUAAAUGGCAGUCAAGUCCCGGUGUUUGGGUAUUUGAUUUUGGCCAAAAUGCGGCCGGUUGGAUACAAUUAAGGAGACCUACCGGUGCUGCACGGGUACAGAUCAGACACGCCGAAGCUUUGAAUCCAAACGGAUCCAUAUAUACCUUAAAUUUGCGAUCAGUUUUGGCUACCGAUACCUAUGUAUUCACAGAUACAACCGAUGCCGAGGAGGAGGACACAGACACAGUUGAACCGCACUUUACAUUUCACGGCUACCGAUAUGUUGAACUGGUCGGCUAUCCGGACGGCGAACCCAAACUAACUGAUCUCAAGUUUCGGGUCAUACACUCGGAUACACCGAUGCUGUCCAAACUGGUCACAUCCGACCAGCUGGUCAACCAAUUGAUUAGUAACAUCAAGUGGGGACAGCGCAGUAAUUUCCUGUCCGUCCCGACCGACUGUCCACAACGCGAUGAACGUAUGGGUUGGAUGGGCGACGCAGAGAUAUUUGCCCCGACGGCCAGCUAUAUGGCCGACGUAUCGGCUUUCUAUACAAAAUGGUUACGCGAUGUACGCGAUGGCCAGUCCCCCGAAGGCGGCUUUUCCGAUGUAGCACCGCGUAUGGUCGACCCCUAUGACGGAGCACCGGCAUGGGGUGAUGCCGGUGUAAUACUACCCUAUACUAUGUUGACGAUGUUUGGCGACCAUCGUAUAGUCGACCUCCAGUGGCCGUCAAUGGAAAAAUGGUUUCAAUAUAUUGCGGCCGAAAAUCCCGAUCACUUGUGGACCAAACGUGUCAACAAUAAUUACGGCGAUUGGCUACAGGUUAACGCCCGGACACCCAAAGAGGUUAUGAAUACAGCCUACUAUGGUUACGAUGCACUGUUGAUGUCCAGGAUGGCCUCCGUUACGGUCAACCGUACCGCUGAUGUCCUAAAAUAUCGUCAAUUACACCAAUCGAUUGCCCAGGCAUUCAAUCGCGAGUUUGUCAACCAAACGGAUGGCCGUAUUGCUGGCGAUACGCAAACCGGUUAUCUGUUGGCACUGGCCUUCGAAUUGCUACCCGAACGGCUACGACCGUUGGCCGUCAAUCAUUUAGUCGAUAAUAUACGGGCGCAUGACUGGCAUCUGACCACCGGUUUUAUCGGUGUAGGCUAUCUGUGUCCGACAUUGUCCGAGUUUGGCCGCCACGACGUAGCCCUGCGGCUGCUCCUACAGGACACCUACCCGUCCUGGGGCUACAGUAUCCGUAACAAUGCCACUACAAUAUGGGAACGUUGGGACGGUUGGACCCGAGAUAAGGGUUUCCAGGAUCCGGGUAUGAAUUCAUUCAAUCACUAUUCGCUGGGAUCGGUAGGUCGAUGGCUGUGGCAAUCGUUAGCUGGUAUCGACAAUAAUGACAGUAAUGGUUUGGUCACCGGCGGUGGUUUUAAGGACAUACUCAUAGACCCGAAACCGGGUGCCAACCUAUACAAUCUGACAGCUAAUUAUCAGUCAAUUAAUGGCCAAAUUGAUAGCUCCUGGAUCUCCAAUGGCACACACAUUAAGUUUACUACAACAAUACCGGUUAAUACUCGGGCGACAAUAGACGUGACAUUUAUUAGGAAUGAAACGAUUCACAGGAAUGUCGGGUCGGGUAGGUAUGAGUUCAUGGGUCAGCUCAACAAACAGUACGAUCGGAUAAUCAAUAAAUUAAUAUUUUAA